AAACUGCAUCCACAUUACCAUGCCUCUUCAGUUGUAUCUCAACUGAUAACACAAUGAAGCCAGCGCGGUUUGUUUGCAGUUUUUUGUUCUUAUGGCUUGUUUUAAGCCAGUCUGAGGAUUUGGAAGUUAUAGAGAGUGCGCUUUCUGACUUACACAGCGAUGCUGUGGCGUCUAAUUCUACUUCCAACCCUGUCAUGGUCCCGCUCACUCUUAUUCAUGGAGCUGAUUCUAAGGGAGCGGUGUGUUUGGACGGAACGCUGCCUGGUUAUCAUUUCCAUCCAGGGUCUGGAUCAGGUGCAAAAAGAUGGAUUAUUAACCUGGAGGGAGGUGGGUGGUGUAAUAACAUUAGAGCUUGUGUCUAUCGUAAAACUAGCCGUCGCGGUUCGUCGAACUUCAUGGAAAAGCAAAUACCGUUUACAGGAAUAAUGAGCAACAAAGCUGAAGAAAAUCCUGACUUCUUCAACUGGAACAGAGUUAAGUUACGUUACUGUGACGGGGCAUCUUUCAGUGGGGAUAGUCAAAAUGAGGAAAAACAACUUAAUUUUCGAGGACAGCGUAUCUGGUUAGCUGCCAUGGAAGAUUUAAUGGCCAAGGGAAUGCAAAAUGCUGAACAGGCUCUUCUUGCUGGAUGCUCUGCUGGUGGACUAGCAGCCAUUCUUCAUUGUGAUGAGUUUCGGGACUUAUUUCCAAACACAACUAAAGUAAAAUGCCUAAGUGAUGCUGGAAUGUUCCUUGAUGUAGUUGAUGUAUCUGGUGGACGCAGCAUAAGGAAUAUGUACGCAGGAGUGGUUAGCUUACAGGGAGUGCAAAAGAAUCUGCCAAGAACUUGUACCAGAAUGAUGGAUCCAACUUCCUGCUUCUUCCCUCAAAAUUUGGUCGCAAAGAUCAAAACCCCUUUGUUUCUUCUCAACGCAGCAUAUGAUGUAUGGCAGAUCCAACAAAGUUUAGCUCCAUCGUCAGCUGAUCCUCAUGGUGACUGGAAACAAUGCAAAUUCAAUUAUGCACGUUGUAAUUCUUCACAGAUCCAGUUCCUCCAAGAUUUCAGGGCUCAAAUGCUCAUUGCUGUAAAGACUUUCUCGGAGUCAAACCAAAAUGGCUUAUUCAUAAAUUCGUGCUUUGCUCAUUGCCAGUCUGAGAGGCAGGAUACAUGGUUUGCUAAUGAUUCGCCGCAUAUUAAGAACAAGAGGGUUGCAGAAUCUGUUGGAGACUGGUAUUUUGAUCGAGCAGCUGUUAAGGCUAUUGAGUGUCCAUUCCCCUGUGGCAAGAGCUGCCACAAUCUGGUGUUUAAGUGAGUGAGUGAGAAAUUAUUCAUCAACCACAACAAAGGUGACUCAGACUUCUCAGUUCCAACCUUUGGAAGAUUGCGUAAGCAGGAAAGACUAUAGUUGUACUUCAGAAUCAAAGCAGUGAAUUAUAUAUUUAUGGGCCUUAAUUCUUCAAGUUGAACAUUGAACAACACACUGUUAACAAAACAGAAUCCCUGUACAAGCUGACAACAGACACUUGAUAAUAAAAUAAUACACCAUCAACAUUGAAGGCUCCA